CGCGCGCUAACCGGAAGGUCCUCAUCUUGAGAGCUAAUGGCGGCUGCCGGCGUGUCGGCGUUGGCGGUGGCUUAGGCCUUGAAGGAACUCUGCAUCCGUUGGAUAUCUACACCAUCUUCCCGGCUGCAGGGUAAAGAAGCAGCCCCCCCGUCUCCCCCCGGCCCACAGAGGCGUAGAGCGGCCAUAUAGCAGUGUGCGCCGGUUUUCGGUGCGGCAGCCGAGGUCAGGGGAUUCGGGCAAGAAACGAGAGGUCGACAGGAACGCUUGGGACGUGAAAACGGCUGCCAGGAAUUUUUCCCUGUUUCUGUCUACAAGCUUGCUUUGACUUGGUGUAAUCAACGUGUGGAUUGUGGAGUGGUGGGUUACUCAGUGGUGUUGUCACCAUGUUCCUGUACAACUUGACGUUGCAGCGAGCCACUGGUAUCAGCUUUGCCAUUCAUGGCAACUUCUCUGGAACCAAACAACAGGAAAUUGUUGUUUCUCGUGGGAAGAUUUUGGAGCUGCUUCGCCCGGAUCCCAACACUGGCAAAGUACACACCCUACUAACUGUGGAAGUAUUUGGUGUUAUUCGGUCACUCAUGGCCUUUAGGCUGACAGGUGGCACCAAAGACUACAUUGUGGUUGGCAGUGAUUCGGGUCGGAUUGUUAUCCUGGAAUACCAGCCGUCUAAGAAUAUGUUUGAGAAAAUUCACCAAGAGACCUUUGGCAAGAGUGGAUGCCGCCGUAUUGUUCCUGGCCAGUUCUUAGCUGUGGAUCCCAAAGGGCGAGCUGUUAUGAUUAGUGCCAUUGAAAAACAGAAAUUGGUGUAUAUCUUAAACAGAGAUGCUGCAGCCCGGCUUACCAUCUCAUCUCCCCUGGAGGCCCACAAGGCGAACACUUUAGUAUAUCAUGUGGUUGGAGUAGAUGUGGGAUUUGAAAAUCCAAUGUUUGCUUGUCUGGAAAUGGAUUAUGAGGAAGCAGACAAUGAUCCAACAGGGGAAGCAGCAGCUAACACCCAGCAGACGCUUACUUUCUAUGAGUUAGACCUUGGUUUAAAUCAUGUGGUCCGAAAAUACAGUGAACCUUUGGAGGAACAUGGCAACUUCCUUAUUACAGUUCCAGGAGGGUCAGAUGGUCCAAGUGGAGUGCUGAUCUGCUCUGAAAACUAUAUCACCUACAAGAACUUUGGUGACCAGCCGGAUAUCCGCUGUCCAAUUCCCAGGAGACGGAAUGACCUGGAUGAUCCUGAAAGAGGAAUGAUUUUUGUCUGCUCUGCCACCCAUAAGACCAAAUCGAUGUUCUUCUUUUUGGCCCAAACAGAGCAGGGCGAUAUCUUCAAGAUCACUUUGGAGACAGAUGAAGAUAUGGUUACCGAGAUCCGGCUCAAGUAUUUUGAUACUGUGCCUGUUGCUGCUGCCAUGUGUGUGCUUAAAACAGGCUUCCUUUUUGUAGCAUCAGAAUUCGGAAACCAUUACUUAUAUCAAAUUGCACAUCUUGGAGAUGAUGAUGAAGAACCUGAGUUUUCAUCUGCCAUGCCUCUGGAAGAAGGAGACACGUUCUUCUUUCAGCCAAGACCACUCAAAAACCUUGUGCUGGUUGAUGAGUUGGACAGCCUCUCUCCCAUUUUGUUUUGCCAGAUAGCUGAUUUGGCAAAUGAAGACACUCCACAGCUGUAUGUGGCCUGUGGUCGGGGACCCCGGUCAUCUCUGAGAGUCUUGAGGCAUGGACUUGAGGUAUCGGAAAUGGCUGUCUCUGAACUUCCUGGUAACCCCAAUGCUGUCUGGACAGUGCGCCGGCACAUUGAAGAUGAGUUUGAUGCCUACAUCAUUGUGUCUUUCGUGAAUGCCACACUUGUGUUGUCUAUCGGAGAGACUGUGGAAGAAGUGACUGACUCUGGGUUCCUGGGCACCACUCCCACCUUGUCCUGCUCCUUGUUAGGAGAUGAUGCCUUGGUGCAGGUGUAUCCUGACGGCAUUCGGCACAUCCGAGCAGACAAGAGAGUCAAUGAGUGGAAGACCCCUGGAAAGAAAACAAUUGUGAAAUGUGCAGUGAACCAGCGACAAGUAGUAAUUGCCCUGACAGGAGGAGAGCUGGUCUAUUUUGAGAUGGAUCCCUCAGGACAGCUGAACGAGUACACAGAGCGGAAGGAGAUGUCAGCAGAUGUGGUGUGCAUGAGUCUGGCCAAUGUGCCUCCUGGAGAGCAGCGGUCUCGCUUCCUGGCUGUGGGACUGGUAGACAACACUGUCAGAAUCAUCUCCCUGGACCCCUCAGACUGUUUGCAACCUCUGAGCAUGCAGGCUCUCCCAGCCCAGCCUGAAUCCUUGUGUAUCGUGGAAAUGGGUGGGACGGAGAAGCAGGAUGAGUUGGGUGAGAGGGGCUCUAUUGGCUUCCUAUACCUGAAUAUUGGGCUCCAGAACGGUGUGCUGCUGAGAACUGUCCUGGACCCUGUCACUGGGGAUCUGUCUGACACCCGCACUAGGUACCUGGGGUCCCGUCCUGUGAAACUCUUCCGUGUUCGGAUGCAAGGCCAGGAGGCAGUGUUGGCCAUGUCAAGCCGCUCAUGGUUGAGCUAUUCUUACCAAUCUCGUUUCCAUCUCACCCCCCUAUCUUAUGAGACACUGGAAUUUGCAUCUGGCUUCGCCUCUGAACAGUGUCCCGAAGGCAUUGUGGCCAUCUCCACCAACACCCUGAGGAUUUUGGCAUUGGAGAAGCUAGGUGCUGUCUUUAAUCAAGUAGCCUUUCCACUGCAGUACACACCCAGGAAAUUUGUCAUUCACCCUGAGAGUAACAACCUUAUCAUCAUCGAGACUGACCACAAUGCCUACACUGAGGCCACGAAAGCUCAGAGGAAGCAGCAGAUGGCAGAGGAAAUGGUGGAAGCAGCAGGGGAGGAUGAGCGGGAGCUAGCUGCAGAGAUGGCAGCAGCAUUCCUCAAUGAAAACCUCCCUGAGUCCAUUUUUGGAGCUCCCAAGGCUGGCAAUGGGCAGUGGGCCUCUGUGAUCCGAGUGAUGAAUCCUAUUCAGGGUAACACGCUGGACCUUGUCCAGCUGGAACAGAAUGAAGCUGCUUUUAGUGUGGCCGUGUGCAGGUUCGCCAACACUGGUGAGGAUUGGUAUGUGCUGGUGGGCGUGGCCAAAGACCUGAUACUGAACCCCCGAUCUGUAGCAGGCGGCUUUGUCUAUACCUACAAGCUUGUGAACAAUGGGGAAAAACUGGAGUUUUUGCACAAGACUCCAGUGGAAGAGGUCCCUGCUGCCAUUGCCCCAUUCCAGGGUAGGGUGUUGAUUGGUGUGGGGAAGCUUCUGCGAGUCUAUGACCUGGGAAAAAAGAAGUUACUUCGAAAAUGUGAGAACAAGCAUAUUGCCAAUUACAUCUCUGGGAUCCAGACUAUUGGGCACAGAGUCAUUGUGUCUGACGUCCAAGAAAGUUUCAUCUGGGUUCGCUACAAGCGUAAUGAGAACCAGCUCAUCAUCUUUGCCGAUGACACCUACCCCCGGUGGGUCACUACAGCUAGCCUUCUCGAUUAUGACACUGUGGCUGGGGCAGACAAGUUUGGCAACAUUUGUGUGGUGAGGCUCCCGCCUAACACCAAUGACGAAGUCGAUGAGGACCCCACAGGAAACAAAGCCCUGUGGGACCGGGGCUUGCUCAAUGGGGCCUCUCAGAAGGCAGAGGUGAUCAUGAACUAUCAUGUGGGGGAGACAGUGCUGUCGUUACAGAAGACCACGCUGAUCCCUGGAGGCUCAGAAUCGCUUGUCUAUACCACCUUGUCAGGAGGAAUUGGCAUCCUUGUUCCGUUCACAUCUCAUGAGGACCAUGACUUCUUCCAGCAUGUGGAAAUGCAUCUCCGGUCUGAGCAUCCUCCUCUUUGUGGGCGAGACCACCUCAGCUUUCGUUCUUAUUAUUUCCCUGUUAAGAAUGUGAUUGAUGGAGACCUCUGUGAGCAGUUCAACUCUAUGGAGCCCAACAAACAAAAGAAUGUCUCUGAAGAACUGGACCGAACCCCACCUGAGGUGUCCAAGAAGCUUGAGGACAUCCGGACCCGCUAUGCCUUCUGAGCCCUUGUUUUUUCUAUGGGGCUUGUCAAAGACUUUGUGUUUUGUUUUCCUCGCUACCUGGCUCUGAACCCAUAUGGCAGAAGAAGGGUGGCUGGAUAAUUAAGACUUCCCCUAGAGUGAUUGGUUUCCCCUAAAAUUGGCACUGAGAUUCACUAUGCUUCUCCCUGCCUGGUACAUAAUAUAUUGCCCCGGGUCCAGUGUGGAAUACGAUGGCCUGUAAUCCCCAAAGCUUUCCCCGCAUUGAUAUUUCUGGCUCUCAUGUCUACUUUUGUACACACCCUUAAUUUUUAACUGGUUUUCCUGUAAAUAAAGUUUUGUAUAAUGUUAUCUUUGUGGGAGGGAGGGAGGGAGGCAAACAAGCUGAGGUGGGGACCAGGUUAGAUAUCGUAUAAUUCUUGAGUUCUGCCACUCUGGAACCUAACCAGAAAUACAAACCUAGUUUUUAAGGUA